AUGCCUAAGAGCUUCGACGCGCAGAAAUUUGAUCAGAACAAAAGAUCCAUAGGUGUCCAGGGAGAAUUACCGAUUCAACGAGCGUUUCAGGAUUUGAACUCCGAGACGCUGCGGUACAGGCCACAGAUUGAGCUCGAUACAACUUUUCAAGGUCUGGCUUUACCAAGCGGGGGAGAUUCUCCUAAUAUCAAAAUGGACUUGCAGAAAGUCCCUGUUCAGAGACGUACUUCUCUUCCUGGUCAGAAUUCUCAAGGAGCUUCUGACAUGCAAGAUCAAGAGCAACAACAACAACAGCAACUACAACAACAACUGCAGCAACAACAACAGCUGCAACAACUGCAGCAACUGCAACAACUGCAACAACUGCAACAACUGCGACAACAACAACAACCGCAACAUCAAUUACCAGCACCAUCUUCUAAUUACUCUCAACAACAAAUGUCCCAGCAGGUGCAGCGACAAUCACUUUUUCCUUUGCAGCAGCCGCAGCAAUCUUCAGCAAAUAAUGGAUACUACUAUUCUCAAAUGGAAAACUCACCUAUGGGUGCCUCGACCCCUUCCUAUAGCACAAUUGCAGAAACAUUUGCAAAUUGGCCAGAUUAUGCUCGUCAAUCGCAGGGAUACCAAGAUAAUGCAGUGUCACAUGUAUCCAUGGGUACGAGCCAACAUGAUGGUUCUCCUUUUCAACCGAUAGCAGAGCCUCCUUACAACGAGCAUACAGCCAUUGAUAAUGUCAACAGAAAUCAUAUACACUCACAAGAUCAUCAACAAUCAACACGACAGCAACUGCAGCAACAACCAGAGCAACCACCAGAGCAACCACUUCCACCUCUUCAACCUCAGCAGAGGCUUGCUAUCCCUCAGUUGUCACAGACCCAGCCUAUUUCUAUGUCAAUUCAGUCCGAAAUUCCGGAAUCCGAGAUAAGAUGGCCACAGUCUAUAGAGGAUACUAUUACUACAGGUUCUUCUUCGCCUGCAAACAGCACCAGACACGACCUUAGACAAGAAUUAGGAGGAACGGGUGGAAAGAGAACUGAAAUGAAGAUUAAGGAAAAACCCUCUCAGAAAUCAAUUACCAACUCUAAGAAGUAUAAAAAGUUCAGGGAGAAGCUGUUACAAGAGGUGAAGGAGACGACUGAAAGAUACAUCUCGCUUGCAGAUUUGGGUAAGUACUAUAAAAUGAACACGAAGUCCACUUUGAAAGAGAAAGAGAACUUUAAGAGCAUCUUUUCAAUUAGGUGUCUGAUGGAAAUUGCAUACCCAACUGAUAAAAACGAGAGGGGUACCGAGGUAUUACGCUCUUCCCUCUAUUUGAUCUACCAUACUAUUAGCGAGUUCCUCAAAGUGGAGCCAAUUGGGCCCUCAUCCAUCGGCAAGUUGAUCCGAAUAACCUUCCCUAAGAUCCGCACCAAGAGGUUGGGAAUUCGUGGUCAGUCGAAGUAUCACUACGUUGGUAUCAAGUUGAAAGAGAAAUACCUUAGGUUAGUAGAGAGGUUGGAUGACGGAGAUUCUAACCUGAAAUUUAAUCAGUUACUUGUCAACAACUUGAAUAUGAGACAAAGGAUUACACACUUGAGUAACGUGAGCUUUGGUGAUGUCUUAAAAGCCCAGGCUGAGGUGGGUUCUAAUGGCAUGGGAGCCGAAGUGAGAUUAGAGGAAGAUUUAAUGAAGAUGGAUGAAGAGACGCAGGCCACUUAUGUUGCAUUUGUGAAAAGGUUGUUUGUGGAGAAAGAUAUUGCUGGAGCUGUGAGUUACUUGCUCGGGAAUUCCCAAAUCAUUCAUUACAGCAAUGAAUUACGUAUCUACAACAACCUUGUGGCAUGCUUCAGAGAUAUGGUUUAUAGACAACCACUCGAGAGGUUUGUGUCAUUAUUCAGGAAUGUGGCUGACAACUAUAUUAGUGAGUACAUGAAGCAGCUAAGACACGUUGAAUUGGAGAGCCUUGAUUACCGGAAACGGAUGAAUCUGGCGAAGUUGUUUGCAAGGUCCGUCUCUCGUCUCUCCGAGCUCAACAAGUUUACUGGAGAUCUAGAUGUGAUUUUAGCGAACUCUUGUGGUGAACUACUCCAAGACCUUGAGGAUUUCGAUAUAUUAGGAAAAGCACAGAAAAUCUUUGCUCAUAACCUUGACCUUUAUUCCGAGGAUGGAGAACUACUGCAGACCUGCCGUGUAAUGAUUUCGAAGCUGACACAACUGUUCAGAACACAGAAGUACACUCCCACAAUUAUUUCGCACCUUCCGGAUCCAGUGGAACUAAGAAUUCUAGUACCGGAACUGGCUCACCUUGCCAUGUAUAGUGAGAUAGGAAGUGUGCACAGACUGUCUGACUUUAACCGGGAUUGUAUGUUGGCGUUCAAAGACUAUUCAGUACGCAAAGUCAGAGCAACUAUGAUGAAGCUUUUCGAUGAGCUGUUGAGGCAUCUUAUUUCACACUGUGCAGACCCUGCCAGAAUACGCAACUGGCUUAUAAUCAAGAACUGGGUGAACGAUUGGUGGGAAUUCACCGAGUUCUGGAUCUUCACCCGCUAUCUUUUGUACGAGAACUUCUUGGACGCUGUUGAAGGGGAGGAAGAAACAUAG